AGGCAGACACCUCUGGAUCUCGCAGUACUCAUCUCCCAUCGUAAAGGCACCUGUCUCGUCGACAUCAAUCACGCUGUAUCACGUUACAGAUCCCGUCAUAACAUCGCCGUCAGUGACCUAAGACUUAACUACAUGCAGUGUCUCUUUAUACGGCGGUAUCCGCGGGCCUCGCUGUAAGGAAGACACACGCCUCCUGGCGAACAGGUCGCUCACGGCGGGACGGAGUGCAGUUCAGGAUCACAACGCCGUCAGACGUCAUGGAUGUUGGCUGGAGCUGGUUGUGUCUGACCAUAUUUUUCUCAUCCAUCUCUUAUAUCUUUUGUAGUGCAGGAAACCGAUGGACAUACAAUGGUACUCUGGGUCCAAGUCACUGGCAUGUCGACUACCCGAAGUGUGGGGGAAAUAAACAGUCCCCAAUCGACAUCGAAACAAGCAAAGUGGAGUUCAACCCAGACCUGACCGUCUUCGACUUAAGUGAACUCUCCCAGACCGAGAACAUAGGCAUGACGCUGGAGAACGUCAACGGCCAUACAGUGGAAGUGGUCAUCUCGGGCAGUGCCAACAUGCUGGUCUCGGGAGGGAGUCUGGACAACAAGUACAAGGUCAAACAGUUCCACUUCCACUGGGGUCAAGCGGACGAGAGGGGGUCGGAACACGAAAUUGACGAGAAGCAGUUCCCCAUGGAGAUGCAUAUAGUGCUGUAUUCCAUGACGUAUGCAGACAUCGACCUGGCCAUAGACAAACCAAAGGGACUGGCCGUGCUCGCCUUCCUGUUCGAGGUAGGCGAAACUAAUGCCAACUUCCAGCCGCUGCUGUCCAACUUCGACAGCAUCCAGCACAGCGGUAACGAGACGUCAAUUUCGACAUUCUCCCUAAAGUCUCUACUUCCGGCCAACACCGAAAACUACUUCCGGUACGAGGGGAGUCUCACUACGCCUCCUUGUUACGAGAGCGUGGUGUGGAGCAUCUUUACAACACGAAUCACCGUGUCAGAACAGCAGCUGAACCAGUUCCGAAGCAUCAAAAGAAUCAGAGAGGCGGGAGGUGAAGGCGAAGAGAAUCUCGUGGACGACUUCCGGCCGCUUCAGAAACUCAACAACCGGAAGGUGUACACCAACAACGUCAAUUUAGACACUUCCGGUCAAAACAUGCUGAGUGUAUCGCACACUUUCGCCCUGCUGUCUGUUCUACUAGCUCUCUCAUUCUGAGCUGAUGUUAUGUUUUAACAUUACUACUGGCACUGAAACUGGAAGUUUGUAAUUUUGUUUUGUUAGAAAUCAUUGUAGAGAUUAUCGCCACGCUGUGUAUUUUAGAGUAAUGUGAUAAUUAAUCAGAAUAAUCAACACUUGUAACUUCAGUUACGACGCACACGGACAUUGGUUCAAAGUUAUUGACCGUCCAUUUCAUAUUUGGGUGAGAGAAUGACAGCACGAAGUUCAGUUAAUUAGAUGCCAAUAACCAGAUAUUUCGUUUCUUCGCGUCACAUUUUUUCGCUUCCUACUUCAAAACAUAAGAGAAACGAAAUUAAGAUUUUUUAUUUUGGUAAAUAUUCUCUUUUCUAAGACUUGAGAAUAAGAGUGUUGAUAUGUAGCAAUCUUUUUUUGGCAAAACAACACAAUCAUGGUAUCCCAAGAACAUUGCAUUUUGGUAAAACCGGAGGAAAAUUCUCUUUUUGAUUUGAAACAACACGGUCUUAGUGCUAAAUGGGUCAUAGCUUGACAUAUACCCUCACAUAACUGAAUUUAACUGUAUCUAUAUUUAUGAAAGAUACAAUUAUUGCAAAUACCCCCUUCAGGCAAGGAAUCAUGGUGCAUAUAUGUUUUUGUUGCAUACUAUUCUCCAUUAAGAAUGUUGUUUUUUUCAGAAUGUAUUUCAUAGACCAUUGCACCACAGUGAGACCUCGUUAAGGUCCAACCCCGUUAAUCCGGACUAAAUGAAUGAGUAAAUCCUGACUAAUGAGGUUUCACUGGCCAGGCGGUGUGUAGAACGAGCCACGAACUUGUCGUUUCACAGUUUGAAAGAAAAAGAUCGUGUAUGUAAACUGACGUUCAAAAGAAAGUACACACCUGGUUCUUUGGUAAAAUAUUUUCUUUAAAACAGCAUUAAUAUUUAAAAGUGUUUCGAUUUUGCCUUGUCACAAACAUUGUUCAAGUGUUUCCAAAACACCACAGAUAUUGUACCCAUGUACAACAUUGCUAGCAAAAUAUUAAUGCUUUUAAUGGGAACAGUCCCAAAACAUCAGGUGUGUACUUUCCUAUCUACAUCAGUAUAUAUCUUCGGUUGAGUCCUAUAGCAAGCGUCAAGUAGAGGACGACGCCAGAUCAGCUCGCAUAAUAUGAAUGGUGUGUGUAUCUGUCUCAGUUUCUAAAAUUCUCAAUGUGAUCAGUUUGCUCUUGAAAUUCGUUUUGUAUAGAUGUGAUAUCAUGCAUGAUGUGAUAUAGUUUGAUAUCUCGUGUCCACAGCCUGUAUCAUAUUUAAACACUGUGACUCACAUAUAUGACAUAUAUCCACAGAACACCAGAUGUCAUUAGAAACUAUAACAAAAUGUACACGUCCAUAUCAGAAUACUCUGUAUCCUCAGCAGAACACACCAUGCCAACAGCAUCACCUCACAUACCCACAGCAACAUAGUUAAAAUUACAUGCCUACAGCAGCAUACCACAAGUCAAUAACAGAGCACACCAUGCCAUACAGCACGUGUCCACGGCACAUAGAAUAGGUAAUGUUUACAACAGAGCGAACAAUGCCAACAGCAUCACCUCACAUACCCACAGCAACAUGGUUAAAAUUAUAUGCCUACAGCAGCAUACCACAAGUCAAUAACAGAGCACACCAUG